UCCGGGUCCCGUGUCCUCCGUCAGCUCGUCCAUCACUCACCGGAGACCCUGAACGUCUCACUCAACAUGAAGCUGCUGCUCACGGUGGUGUUCGCGGCGGCGGUCGCUUACUACAUGUACACCCCGAUGCCCGAGAGCAUCCAGGAGCCGUGGAGGCUGAUGGUGUUGGAUGCUGGAUAUCGGUCAGCGAUGCACCUGGGCUCUCUUAAGGCUUGGCUGGGCUUUGGCAAUUCCGUCAAAUCGAUAAGGCAGUCCUUAGAGGGGGUCGACGACAUGAUGAGGUGGGUGUCCGGUUCUGGGUCCAGCAAAGUGCCCGGAGUGAAAGUCAGCGACGUCACUUUCGCCGGCAUCCCGGUCCGUGUUUACGAGCCCCCCGCUGGAGGGGAGGGUCAUCUGAGGAGGGGGUUGCUGUAUUUCCACGGAGGAGGCUGGGCCCUCGGCAGUAACAAGAUGGAGUCAUACGAUGUGAUGUGCCGGAUGUUGUCUGACGAGCUCAACGCUGUUGUGGUCUCUGUUGAGUAUCGUCUGUAUCCAGAAGUGCACUUCCCAGUGCCGUAUCUAGACAGCCUUGCUGCUGCCAAGCACUUCUUGUCCACAGAGGUUUUGGCCAGUUAUGCAGUUGACCCUGAGCGUGUAGGUGUGUCAGGUGACAGUGCUGGAGGAAACCUGGCUGCUGCGGUCGCUCAGGAGAUUUCAAUAGAUGACACUAUGGGUGUGAAAUUCAGUGUCCAGGCAUUGAUCUACCCGGCGGUCCAGGCUCUGGACUUCAACACGCCCUCCUGCUUGCAAAACCAAUUCAUGCCCAUCCUCUACCGGUCCGUCCUGGUCCAGUUCUGGAUGCAGUACCUCGGCGCUGACCUCUCCCUAAAGUCCCAGUUCCUGGUGAACAACCACAGCUCAAACAUCACCCCAGAGCUGAGGGCACGGCUAGACUGGACCGUCCUCCUGUCCCCGAAGUACAAGAAGAACUACAAGCGUGUGAUUGUGGAAAAGGGUUUGCAGGGGGCAGCGAAGGAGGUGCCGGGGCUGCUGGACGUGAGGGCAGCGCCGCUGUUAGCAGGACCUGAGGUUUUGGCUAAAUGCCCGAGGGCGUACAUCAUUACAUGCGAGCAUGACGUGUUGAGGGACGAUGGAAUGAUGUACGCGCAGCGCUUACAGGACGCAGGCGUCAAAGUCACCAGCGACCACUAUGAGGACGGCUUCCAUGGAUGUCUCAGCUUCAGCACCUGGCCAUUAGAAUUUGAUGUAAGCAAGAGGGUAGUCAGGGGUUACUUUAGCUGGCUCAAGAACAACUUGUGAGAGUGUUAGUGUGUGCACGACUGAGUGAAAGUGUGUUUAUGGGAGCAUGCAUGUGUUUGUGUCAGUGAUACAAAUGCACAUAAGAACAUAAGGUCUAAGCUCAGGGCCCUCAUGUGCCUGCAGACACACACACACACACACACACACACACACAAAACCUCGGUACAUAUGAAGUUUACAAGAUAUUUCUAAGAUUCUUAAAGGUCUGCCGUGGAGAAGGGCUAACAAGGGCUUACCAGCAAACAAGAAUUCUUAACAGAUACAUAAAGAUACUUGACAUCAGCUUUCCACGAAUGGAUGAAUUAAUCAGCUGCUUCCACAAUAUUUCACAAGGGUUGUAAUUAGGCAGUUAGGCAUCUUAGCAGUGACCAUCGCUGCAGAUGACUAAUGACUUUAGUUAAUCCCUGAUUUUUCCUCUAGCGCCACCGCAAAGUUGACAUUUCAGAGGGAUUGUCGUGAAAUUUGGCACGCACACAUUCCCUUCAGGAUUAUUGGUCAUAACUUCGGUGGUCACUCAACCGUUCUUCCAGUGCCAUGAUCACAUCCAAAAAUAUCGGUUACUUUCACGGGACAUUCCCAUCAGCCUCGGCUGUACUUUGUGUUUAGUGCUAAUUAGCUAAUGCUAGCAUGCUAACACACAAAACUGAGAUGAGGAAGAUGGUAAAGAUCAUCCGCAUUAGCAUCAGCAUUUUAGUAUUGUUAUUGUGAGCAUGCUAGCAUGUUGAUGUUAGCAUUUGGCACCUGGCAGUUAAAAAGUUCACAUCUAACUUGGGACAGAUAACAUUUAUAAUGAAUAUUACAUGUUAAAAAAAACUCCUCAAAAAAGAAAUCAAGGCACGCUUCUUAUUAAGGUCUUUUUUUUAACCCUCCGUAUUGGACUUUUUGUGUAUUUGACAACACUCCCAGCUGUAGUUAACAUCCAUCUUAAGCUCCCUGCUCCUCAAGAAGGCAACAUCUUUCCUGACAGAUGAUUCUGGCACGUGACAAUCACUAACAAAAUGCACGAUUUCCUGAAGAUUCAUUACAUUUAUCAUUCAUAUUGCAUUCUACAACUGCAGGCCUAAAUUCUGUGGCUCCUAUCACUUCACUGUUUUCUUGAAUGAAUGAAUCACUGAGGUUGCAAGUUGCAUUCACUUGUCAGUAGCAGCCCCGCCGUUAGCAGUGUAUCAUUCUCCUCAGUAUCCGCUCUGCUGGGUUAGCACUGGCUAUAGAGAUGUCCUACAUUUCUGUCUGAGUCCGUGUACAGAACCCCUCCAAGUAAGACAUCUCAGCUGCAACACUUCUAAGAUGUAUGUGUUUAAACUGAGAAGCUGCAAGAGCUUCAAAUGAUGUUGUUUUACUUCUAAAUUCAAGUUUCCCGUCUUUGAAGCAUUUCACGUGGGAGGCAAAUUUCCUCUGUGUCUGCUCGCUGUUGUGAGUUAUGAAGGAACCGAUGGAGGCUGUCAAUAAGAAAAUAAGCAGCCAAGAAGCACAAAUAUUUCUGUUUAUUUGCACCUUAAAAACCUCAAAUCCACUUCCAGAUGAUGUUACGCGUGAUCAAAUGUGUCAAAUGUGAUGUUGUAACAAGGUGGUUUUUUUAUGCUUUAAUUUUCAAUAAACCUGCUUUUGCUCAAACUGCCAUUAGUGACCUUCAUGUUUCCCAGAAUGCCUUUUAGCAACCCUCCCCAUACUGCGGAGGCUGUGUGUGACUGAAGCGAUGUUCACUUUGGCGCAUAUGACUUGUUUAUGGCUUGUGUAUUCAAGUGAUUCUGGUCAUAUGUAAUCACUUGGGCCUUGUAAAAGCAGAAAAACUCUGCAUGUCUUAUGAUGAUUUUUU